AUGAUUAACAUCAAGCCAUACAUGGUGAUGUUACUGAAAUUACUUUACACUCCUGUUCUGGAGGAAAGGAGUUCUACAGCCAACAGGGCCUUUGCGUCUUCUUGUGCUGCAGUUCUCAAAUAUGCCAGCCAAUCUCAGGCUCAGAAACUUAUUAAAGACACUGCUUCUCUGCAUUUAGGGUGGCAAAGCAUUGAUGAAUAUGGUGUCCGCCAAAGGUUUAUGGCCCUGUUUGACAGUAGGUUUUAUUGUUGUUCGUCUGCAUGCUCUUUGAUUCAAGCAGUCUUCUCCAUUAUUGGAGAACACAAGGAUUAA